CAAAAGAAAAAGAAAAAAAACAAAAAACCAAAACUUUCCUCUCUUCUUCUCUUCGAUCCACAACGUUGUCGUUUCAGUCAUUCCUAAUCUUGCUUCCGCCACUGUUCUAGGGUUUCUCCGUCCUCGCUCCUCCCCCACAAUCUUUCCACCUCCCCAGCUCUACCCAAAUCCGUCGUCUGGUGGGAUGAGUACUGUAUUCAGCGAAGAGAUCCUCAUCGAUAAGCUCGCCAAGCUCAACAGCACUCAACAGUCCAUCGAAACUCUGUCGCAUUGGUGUAUAUUCAACCGGGUGAAAGCUGAGCUGAUAGUGACGACAUGGGAGAAACAGUUUCACAGCACGGAGAUGGCUCAGAAAGUGCCUCUUUUGUAUUUGGCUAAUGAUAUUCUUCAGAACAGUAAGCGUCAGGGGAAUGAGUUCGUGCAGGAGUUUUGGAAUGUUCUUCCUAAGGCUGUUAAAGACAUUGUCUCUCAGGGUGAUGAUCGUGGCAAAGGCGUCGUCUCACGCUUGGUCCAGAUAUGGGAAGAUAGAAGAGUGUUUGGAUCACGUUCGAAGAAUCUUAGAGAUGUGAUGCUUGGAGAAGACUGCCCUCUGCCACUUGAUGUCAGCAAAAAGAGGCCUCGUGGAUCUAAAUCCUCAAAGAGGGACAGGGAUUCAAAAUCCUCCAGAACGAAAGUAUCAAGUGGAGGAGGUGUGGCUGAGAAGAUAGUAUCAGCGUAUCAUUUGGUUGUUGCGGAAAACUCAAAUGAAGAAGCUGAGAUGAGUAAAUGCAAGUCUGCAGUCAAACGAAUCAGGAAGAUGGAGAAAGAUGUUGAGGAAGCCUGCUCUACUGCAAAAGACAACCCGAAGAGAGAAUCACUGGCCAAAGAGUUGGAAGAGGAAGAAUACCUUUUGAGACAAUGCAUUGAGAAGCUUAAAUCUGUUCAAGGGAGUAGGACUUCCCUUGUCAACCAGCUUAAAGACGCACUACGCGAACAGGAAUCUGAACUGGAGAAUCUUGAAGCUCAGAUUCAGGUGGCACAAGAACAAACAGAAGAAGCUCAAAACAUGCAGAAACGCCUCAAGGACGAGGAUUAUGCACCGAAACCAACAACCGUCGCUCCAGGAUCAGUCUCAACUGACAACAACGGCCAAUCAUCAAAAAUGACGCCGGCUUCUAUAGCUGCGAUGCUCACAGCUUCCACCUCGUCACAUAUGAUCAUGCAAUCUGUUCUCUCUUCAUUCGCAGCUGAAGCAACAAAGACCUCCGGUCUAUCCAAAUCUGAGAGCACAGUUCCGGUUUCUCACAACAACUCCCAGAACCAGACACCCGCCACACAAGGUCAAGGUCAGUACCAUGUGAUCCCUAAUCCAGCACCGCCACAACCACAACCACAGUUCAUGAAUCCACCGGUAAUGAACAAUCCUUACGGCUUUGGUAACAUUCCGUUAAUGCCACCUGGACUUCCGCCGCCUCCACCGCCACCACAUAUGAUAGGUAAUCAACAGCCUCAAUCCAACUCAGCUCAACAACAACAAGGUACUUUCCAGCCAUCUGGAAUAAUGUAUUAUGGAGCUCCACACCACUCUUAAAAAAACUAGAAUGCUGUUAGUGAUAUAGCUUUUUAGAAUAGUUCUGAGUCUUCUGACCCUUUAUAAUGGGGUUUGCUGAUACAUUUGUUGGGUCGAGUCAAAGUAGAGAAAUAUUGUUCCUUUUGAGUGUAGAAUCGUUUACCUUGUUCUGUAUCACAAAGCUUUUACGACAAUGUAAUCAUUCCUGCUGUUAAGUC